AUAAGUUCAGUUCUAUGAAUUUAGUACAAAAUUGUAGAGAUUUAUUGGUUUAUUCCCAUGAAGUUAUGUGUGGUGUUUUAAUUAUUCCAGUAUUAUUUGGCUGUUGUGUUUGUGGUUUUGAUGUAAUGAAUGUGCAAUUGGAAAACUGUACGAUUGUCGGGCGCAAGUUGUAUACAAUUUUCGAAAAUAAGCCGUAUGCUGUUUUUUGGGAUAUACCCUAUGGUCAGCCUCCGAUUGGAAUAUUGAGAUUUAAGUCGCCAAAAGCCACACAAGGAUGUGUUAAAGGCACUUCAGAUCAUACUACAUUAAACAUAAAAACGUGCCCACGCCAGCUCGACGAAGAUUGUCUCCAUCUCUCCAUACACAUGCCUAUAUCGCAUGAACAAACACUCAACUCCGUCCUAGUAUGGCUGCACGAAGAUUCCAAACAACAUGGCCCAGAUUUCCUCAUAGACGAAGACAUAAUUGUUGUUACUAUCUCGUACAGAACAUCAAUAUUCGGAUUUCUAAACACCGAAGAUGAGUUCGCACAAGGCAAUAUGGGUGCAAAAGAUAUAUUACUUGCUCUCAAAUGGAUCAGAGAUAAGAUCAGCUAUUUCAAUGGAGAUUCGAGCAAGGUGACAGUGGUCGGGUCGGAAAAAAGUGCCGUUUUGGUUGCGUCAUUGUUACUGUCCCCUGCGGCCGAAGAUUUAUUUUCCAGAGUUAUCAUACAUGGGGGAUCCGCUUUGUCCCCUGCAGACUAUAGAAAUUACAAUUUCGAUGUCGUCAACAAACUAUAUUGGAAACUUAACGGACCUUUCGAAAAACUAAAUCGAACGAGACUCUAUGAAUUACUCGCGAAUGCUUCAGUUGACACUUUGAUUUCUGCGUCCCAAGAUCUGUUCGAUAGCACGGAAGUGAGAGACUCUCAACGGUUAAUCAAUACUUUCGGACCUACAGUCGAAAAGACAAAGCCGAGUUUCAUGAGCAAACCUCCUACUACAGUUUACAAACGGAAACUCAACAACAACAACGUCGCAGUAAUGAUGGGCUAUACGACUUUGGACUCCCUUUACAAAUUACACGGAUUCGAGAAGAACAGGAAGCUUUUGAAGAAUUUAAAUUAUAACUUCCAAUAUGUAUUGCCGUUUGAAGGUUCAAAGGAUGAGUUUUUAUCGAAAAGGUAUAAGAAGAUAAGGCGGAGUAUAAUGGAUUUUUAUUUCGUUAAUGGGACGAUUGGGGAGGGGAGCUUGAGGCGCUACGCGAAGUACGUCUCGGAUCAAGUGAUUUAUCCCGUGUUCCGUCAGGCGAGGCUCCAAGCGGAGGUGUCGCCUGACAUUGUUUACCUGUAUAGAUUUUCUUUCAAGGGGGCCUUCAAUGUCGUUUGGGACAUUACCGUCCCGGGCUUAGAGUGGCGCGGGGCGACGGCUGGCGACGAAAUCUGCUACCUAUUCAAGUGCAAAUCAGUAAACGGAGCUUACAAUAGCACCGGAGUCUCGAAUGAAAGGCACUUCAUUAAGAAAAUUGCGAGAUUAUUGGCGAAUUUCGCCAAAUUCGGAAAUCCGACGCCGCAUAAGCAAGACGACUUACUAGAAAACCUGGAAUGGUCUCCGCUGGAGAAUCACAAAGUUACCCGCGUCCUCAGUCUAGCCCGCAAACUCAAAAUGGUCAAUUUUCCAGAGCUCGAAAGAAUGAACUUUUGGGAUCGCUUGCAAACUGAUUUUUUCGCCGACAGACUUCCAAAAGAUGAUCUUUGAGACAUUUGUAUCGUGGAAAUUACUUUUGCGAAGUUUUUAAAGUUAUGAGUAAGAUUGACUCUAGACUAGACAGUUAAUAAUUUUGUCUAAAAUAAAACAUAUA